UAGCAAAGUGGGAAUAGAAUAGGGAAGUCCAAGUAGAACUAGGAAAAACAUCAGAAUUUGUUCAGCACAUGACCAAGUGCUGAUUUUCAGGAUUUAAACAUUCUAUUUUAGGUGUAUUAAAAGGAUUUCUCACAAUGUAUAUAGAAUCAGCUGUUUCCAUCCUUCAUCUCUCAUGUUAGGUUGGAUAUCAUCACAGGGGCAUGGACAGGAAGCUUUUUUGUUGUUUCUGUAGGGCCCCCAAGCCCCCCAUCGUUGAAGUUGUGUCAUGGCGCCAGUCCCUCAAAAAACUGCUGGAGUCUAAAACAGGGCAGCUUGCCUUUAGAGAGUUCCUGAAGACUGAGUACAGCGAGGAGAACAUCUUGUUCUGGCUGGCCUGUGAGGAGUACAAGACCAUCACCUCAAAUACUGAAAUGGCUGAAGCAGCCAAAAGGAUCUACCGAGAGUUUGUACAGGUCGAUGCCCCCAGACAGAUAAACAUUGACUGUGAGACCAGACGAGAGAUUACAAACGGUGUGUCUCAGCCGACCCUGAGCUGCUUCGACAAGGCACAAAGAGUGAUAUACAAGCUGAUGAAAAAGGACUGUUACCCAAGAUUCCUGAAAUCUAAAAUCUAUCAGGCUCUUUUAGAACCAUCAGAAGCCAGCUGAGUUUUCAGGACCAGGGGAAGAAUAAUACUUGUCUACAAAACAACAGGCUGUGGGCUGAAGUCAUUCAACUGUCUCCUCUCUAACUACCUGUCCAUGUUAGUUCAGUGUGGUUUUAGUCUGGACUGUAGCACAAAACACGGGAACCAUAUAAAGUCUCCCUGCAGAGAAAUCUCUGUUGAAUUCCUAUUCUAUAAACGUAAAACAGGAUUACCCUCAGCAAAAACAUUUGAAUAUUAUACAUUAAACAUAUGAUUACAGAUUUGAUUAUCUAACAACUUCAUUUGCAGUAUAAUAUAUAAUGUAUGUUUUGUAACUUAAUUAUAAUUGUAUAAUUUUCUAUGAGAUUAAUUAUAUAAUCGUAUAAUAUCCUAUAAGAUUAGUAUUUGUCAUCCAAUGAUUGUUCCUUUGACCAUUAACUGUACAUUUAUAUACAUAUAUGUUAUAUAGAGCAUUUCAGUAAAACAUUUUGGGGGGGGGGGGGGGGGG